CAUGGAACAUAAACCAACAACGAUUCAAGUCGACCUUGACUCUAAUUCCCCCUCUGGCUCUGGCAAAACGAUGCCCACCUUCCACACAAAACCCUUUCCUCCUCCUGCUCUCGCAGAUGUCCCCGUCGAAUACAUCAUCAAGCAGCUUCACACAAUGGCGCCCCAGUACUGGGACAAGCCAGAGACAGCAGACUGCACAAUAAUCGUGCCCAUCCCAUAUGCCCAAAACUUAAAUCCCAUGCAACCGUUCCCGCAAGAGCCCAGCGGGUCAACGACAAUCAGCUUUGAGCACUCUGGCGGUGGCAAUCGUCGAGCCACCCAACCACCAGCCAACUCAGUUCCACGACUAUCCCUGGAGCUGCACAUGGACUAUCUUUCAGCUCACUCGACCUACCUGCGUAGCCUCUUCAGCGGCGCCCUUCCUCUCGAUCUUAUGUACGCACAAUCACCCCCGACUUCAAGCUCAUCUUCAUCAAUACCGCCCGACCGCCUUCCACGCCUGAUGCCCAGCUCUCCCGACCACCCGAUCCUCUUCCUCCCCGUCCCCGAUCCAUCCUCGUUCCACCUCCUCGUCCACUGGAUGUACUUUGGCGACGUCUCUUACAUCGCAGACUGCCUCCACAAGGGCGUCAUCCAAUGGGAAGGCAUCGCUCGAAACGUCGAGUACCUCGGUCUCUCCUCUGACAUCAAGGUCUUCCUCGGCCGCUGGUAUAACACCUGGCUCAACCCCGCCGCCGCCCGCGAGUCCACAGAGGAAGAAAUGGCAUACGACUCAGACGGCACAGCAUACACCGACUCUGAUGACGAUUCUGAUCGCAUGUCCUCAUCCACUGAAUCAGACCUCGACGAUGAACUCGAGAAGCUCAAAGAGCCAUCAUCGGCCAGAGGGCACGACAUGGCUGCCAAAUCAAUUUCGUUCCAGUCGUUCGUCGCUCCCGUCGUUCCUUCAUCAUGAAGAAAUGAACGGAGGAUUCGCGCUUGAUUUAUAUUAUAUCUAUAUUCGUCGUGUACAUCUGCCAGAGCCUCUUCCCGCCGUUUAUCCGACCCGCGCCACAUCGUCGCCAUUGCCAUUGCCACCAGCCAGCCAACCCAUUCGCCCACCGCUUCUGACCGUCCGUUCCUUUCCUCAUCUCUACGUUGAUUGGUUCAUAUAUUCCUUAUCUUGAACUGUUUUUGUCCACGAGCAGGUUAUCUCGCGCUCCUUACUUCGAUUUGAUAGCCUUCUCUUCUACUUAUUCUACUCCUCCCCCCUCUUCUGAUGGAGGGCGCUGUAAAAGGCGACCACUCCGGUUUCAUUCGUCUUUUUCAAUGUCGACCACUUUUGCUUUUCUCUUCCUGUUGCUCCCCUGUUGUACUGGUAAGAGACAAUUCGUAGUCUCACGUUCUUUUAUAGUUACCUUUUAUUCCUUUCUCUUCCCUUUUCCUUCGGUUCCAAGGACGAUACGUUAUCGGUCCUCUUUUCUACUUCGACGGCGUGAACGUCCUUUCUUUGUGUACUGAGUACCCCAUUGCGCGGGAUACUCGAUAU